AUGCCGUCUGUAUCCACUCGACUGGGUGACGUUGUUUACCAAACCCAAGGAGAGGGUGUCCCAGUGGUCUUGCUGCACGCGACUUUGCACGACCACCACGAUUUCGAUACCAUUAUCACAUCACUAGCCAAGAACUACCAAACUAUCGCUAUCGACUGGCCAUGGCAUGGCGAGUCGAAAGGCCUGGCAACCACCGAGACCCUGAGCGCCAUGACCCUUGCCGACGUCUUGGAGGACAUUGCGACUACACUCAAGCUGCCGCCCGCCUUUUUCAUUGGAAAUUCUGUAGGAGGCUUCGCAGCGGCCAGAUUGGCUAUUACACAUCCCGAACACGUCCGUGGCCUGGUCCUAGUCAACAACGGUGGCUUUGUUAAUUGGCCCUUGCAUGCGCGGGUUUUUGCCCGACUGCUCGGCAUUCCCUUCGUCUCGCGCCUCCUGAUGCCAUUUUUGGUGCCGAGAUAUAUGCUUCCGCAGACACCACAAGACGAAACAAUCUCACAACAUGCACAAGCAAGGGCUCGAACGCAGUCCGGUGCCACCGUAGCCGCUGCUAUCUGGCGCAGCUUUACCGACCCCGGUCAUGACUUGCGCAGUCGCGGGUCGCAAAUUAAGGCACCGACCCUGAUUGUUUGGGGAUCUCAGGACCCUCUGUACCGACCAGAUGUCAAGCAUACAGUGCAAGAACACAUCCCAGGAUCGCGGCUUGAGGUCUUUAAUGCCGGCCAUGUGGUGUUCUCGUCAAAGCCCGAUGAAUUUAUGCGCGUGGUGGAGCCGUUCUUUCAGUCUGCCCUAGAAACUCCAGAAGGAGAGUAG